UACUCAAUGUCUUCCCAAUCCCAAAUAAUUCAAAAGCCUAUAUUCACUCCUUUUCAACAUCCGCACCAAGCGUUCCUAUUUCCACCCAACUCCCAAAAAUCCUCUCUUCGUUCCUAUCUAUCUAUUGGGCUGUAGGAAUCCAUGGAAGAAUAUUCAGGUACAGGCCAGCAUAAGAAACCCAGUAACGACAGCCACACCGAAAGCCACCAAGACAGUACUCCUUCCUUAACCCAACUCCUCUCCAGUGGAAAGCUGGUAGCGGAGGCUGCUACUUCAGCCCUCCACCAUGAAACAGACAAGGUAGACAAAGGCAAGGUGGCAGGUGCCGCAGGCGAUCUGCUGGGUGCCGCUUCUGACUAUGGGAAGCUUGAGGAGAAGAGCUUUGGGAAAUACGUUGAGAAAGCUGAGGACUAUCUGCACCAAUACAACUCUUCCAAUUCCGCCACAACCACUACCACAACUCACUCCUCUUCAACUCAUAAUUCCAGUGACGGCAGCAGCGGAGGAGGUGGUGGUGAUGGAACUGCUUCUGAGAGUGGUUAUGGGGACUACUUGAAGAUGGCCCAAGGGUUCAUGAAAAAGAACUGAGUCACCUCUUCUUACUUGCAUUUUAUUAUGUAUGUUUUAUGUGGAACUGAGUCACCUCUUCUUUACUUGCAUUUUAUUACUGUAAUGUGUUGGGUGUUUUAUGUGAAAUUGUAGUUUCCUGGUCACCAGGAUAUGCAAUUGCGCUCACGGGGUUUCCAUUUAUACUGGUGGGGCCCUUUCUAUCU